GUUGCUUGUGCUACAGGAGUCAUAUGUAUAAACACAAGAUUUCAUAUAAUUCUUGCUCUGUUCGUUCCUUGUGGGCGCGACUGCAGCUCCUAAGUAGCCGCUGAGGAUCGUUGCAGUGCAUCUUUAUCACUUUUAUCAUCCGUACAUCUUUAAGUGUUGAUAGAUAAUGUGGACAAUAAAAAAAAUACUCGGCGCCGUUGCACUGUAUUACAUUCUACAAAUUGUUGUUCGUGAUACUGCAGCCAAAGAUGUUAUAAAUCCCGCAGGAUUGUCAAGUUUGGAAUGGGGAAAGCAUCUGCAGGACUUGGAAAAUGUCAAGUUUCGUGGAAAAAGAUUUAUUAAUCUUGGAGUGAACGAGCAGCCAAACAAGGCGUAUCAGGCUUGUUUGACACCCGACGAGAAAAAAGGACACUGCAGGCACCUGAGCAAAUGUGUCCUGGAGGAUUUCAGAUCGAAUUUCGCACGAUUUAUGGACUACAUGUGUAUAAUAGAGCGCACGUACGUGGGAGUAUGUUGUCCUGAUCAGACUGAAGUUCUGGAGGUCAAUUCCUUAGGAGCGGAAAGUCUUGCUGGGGUUUUGCCGGCUGUGGCAAGUAACGAUGAUGGAAAACCAAUAUGGGGUACUGCAGAGGACGAAACUUCUUCUACUGGAGUAAAUGAUACUCGGGACACUGGUGCGGAGAUAAACAGGAAGCCUCGGAGUCCUAGAGGAUGUGGCGUCAGCACCAAAUCUAGAACAAGAAUCGUUGGGGGAAGACCUGCCGAUCCCAAAGAAUGGCCUUGGAUGGUAGCUCUUCUACGAAAGGAUGCCAGUCACUAUUGCGGAGGCGUCCUUAUCACUGAUAGGCACGUACUUACUGCUGCCCACUGCGUAUAUCGUUAUAAAGCACGUGAAAUCAUAGUGAGACUUGGAGAGUACGAUUUUUCAGUACCGGAAGAGACUCGUUCGUUGGACUUCCGGGUUACUGAGAUAAGACAGCAUCUGGAUUUCAAUCCAUUCACCUACGAGCACGAUAUAGCCAUCUUGAAAAUUCAUAGACCUACCAUCUUCAAUAGUUACAUUUGGCCAAUUUGUUUACCACCCACGGGACUCUCCUUCGAGAACAAAAGCGCCAUUGUUACAGGAUGGGGCACUCAGUACUAUGGUGGUCCAGCUAGUGCAGUGUUGAUGGAAGUUGCAGUUCCUGUUUGGCCUCAGCACAAGUGCGCACGCACCUUCACUCAAAGGAUACCGGAAACAGCAAUGUGUGCAGGAGCGUACGAAGGCGGUCGAGAUUCUUGUCAGGGUGACUCAGGGGGUCCUUUACUUCAUCAACUAGGAAAUGGCAGAUGGGUGAACAUUGGAAUUGUGUCCUGGGGAAUUCGUUGCGGUGAACCGGGUCAUCCUGGAGUUUACACACGUGUCAAUCAUUACUUAGACUGGAUAUUUGACAAUGCCAUCUUUUAAAAAAAUUUACAUACAUAUAUCUACGGGAUGAACCGAUCGAAGCACCAAAGGCCUGGUUCAAGUUUUAUGGAACACUCGGAUAAACAAUUUCUCAUCGUACGACAUCCGUCAAGGAAUAAACAAUUGUUUGAUCAUUAAGA